CCACUGUUCUCCUUCCCUCUCUGACUCUCUCUCGCUCUCUCUCUUGUUUGUUCCACCAUUCAAUAGUCGCUCUUAUCGUUCAAUCUGUUCUGUACCUGGCUUGAGUCAUCUUACUGUUUUACAUUACUCAACUAGCAUUCCAUGACCCUCGUCUCCCUGCCUGUCCGCUGAGAACUAGCAAGGCUGCUCUGACCAGCCAUCCCCCCCCCACCGGAACACCAUGUGGAACGACGAGGAUAACAAUCCGUACGGCGCAUUCGACACCGAGGCGCAUCUGUCGGAAUCCCUGCAUUCGGCCAAUCUCUCUCCUCCUCUCUACGAUCGCGAAUACACCCCGCCCUCUCCCUCCAGCCGAUCUUCCACCCAAGACCCUCCCGAUUUCCUGUCGCAACAGCAGGAUUUGAGCGACGAAGAUGACCACGGAGCGUACACCACCCAACACACCGGCCAGGGGUACAUGCGCAAGAGCGUCUACGACAGUCGGAUAGAGCAGAUCUUGUACGAGAACCCCGACAUGCCGAUCCUGAUAACCGACGCCGGAAAGAACCACGAGGGCGGAGGCAGCUUCAUCGUCUAUACGAUACGUACAGGAGAUCUAGAAGUUCGGAGACGGUACUCGGAGUUCGCAUCGCUGCGCCAAACCCUCGUCAAUCUUCAUCCUACGCUGGUCGUUCCGCCCAUUCCAGAGAAACACACCAUGGCGGACUACGCCGCUAAGCCUACCAAAGCCAAGGAAGACACCGCAAUCAUCGAUCUUCGGAAACGAAUGCUGGCCGUGUUUCUGAACCGGUGUCGUCGGAUGAAGGAAAUUCGCGAAGACGGAGUCUGGUGGAGGUUCCUGGACCCCAAUGUCAGCUGGAGCGAAGUCCUCCAUUCCCAUCCCGCAUCUUCAGUCCCCAAGAACAACCUCAAAGCUCCUCCCCUCGAUCCCGCCAAUCCCACACCUGCUCAUGCUUGGCUCCCGGUGCCCUCAGCCUCGGCGAAGCUCAAGUCGGCGUCCGGGACUGCGCCGUCCGGAACCCCAAAUGAAGCCCCCAGCCAAGAUGUGCUCGGUCGUUUCCCACCGGAGUCGCGGAAAUUGAGCGAGAAGGAGCUGGAUCCUUAUUUCAUCAACUUCGAAGCCUCCACCCGUGAGCUAGAGCUGCUCCUUCAGGGCAACAUCGAGAAGGUCAACCGCCGGACUCUCGCCCAUUUGUCGUCCUUGUCGGCGGACCUUAUGGAGCUGGGAGCACGGUACAACGGUUUCUCCUUGUCAGAGCAAUCCCCGACCGUGGCAGCUGCUAUCGAACGGGUCGGCCAGGCGGCCGAUACGUCUUACAUUGAGACCGAGGAGCUUUCCGCCGCCUUGAGUGCAAGCUUUGCAGAGCCCAUGCGGGAAAGCGCGCAGUUUGCCAGCGUGGUGCGCAGCGUUUUACGUUACCGCGUCCUUAAGCGGGUGCAAGAGGAGAUGACUCGAGACGAGUUGGCGAAGAAGAAAACAUUGCUCGAGUCACUUGAGCGCAGUGAAAUGGAAGCUCAACGGAUUGAACAAUACCUGAAUCGCUCGUCUCCCCAAGGCGCAACCACGAGACCUCAACGAUCGCUGUCGGCCUCGUCAGCCGCUAGUGCUCCGGGCGGGCCCGAGAGCGAAGGACGUCCUGGCAGCCACGAAGACAAUGCAUCGGUGGACUCAGACUUCCCCCCUACACAUGGCGAGUCUAUCAGUUCCCAUCCCUCCGCCCCUCAAGCCGCCUCCCACCGCCGUCCAGACUUUGGCCCGUCCUCGCCUCCUGCACACCGUAAGACAUCUAGUGGAACAUUUGUGGCCAACAAGAUCUUUGGACGCAUCAGUCAUGCGGUGCAUGGAUUUGUGGAUGUUGAUCCAGAGAGGACUCGUCGCGAUCAGAUAGGAAAAACGAAAGAAAGCUUGCAACAGCUGGAGCAAGCUUUGACCGUGUCCGAAAAAGACGUGAAAGAUGCAAGUGCUGGAGUACUGCAAGACUUGAAACGCUUUCAGAAAGAUAAGGAGAUGGACCUCCGCCGGUAUAUGGUCGCGUAUGCGCGGUGUCACUUAGACUGGGCGCGCAAGAACUUGGAGACUUGGACAGAGGCCAAGGACGAGGUAGAGAAAAUCGAAGUGCGGUAGUAAGUAGUUAAUGGGUUGUCGGUCUGCGGUUUGGCGCAGAAUUGAGAAAGGAAAGCGCUGGGCGUUGGUGUUUAUGUUUUAGAAAUGCUGGGGGCUGCGCCAUUCGGGAUAUUGAUGGAUCGCAAUUUGAACAUGUGCGAUUGAUUGACUGCGUUGAUGUCGAUGUCUUGAUUGCAGAUCUGUUGUGUCUUGCAUGUGAGGAGGAGUGGUUUUCGGCUCCACCGCUUCGGCAAAUAAUUUAUUUCUCCG